UGUGAUUAGGUUGUCAGUAGCUGUCAUACACACACAGAAAUGUUCCAUGACUGUUUGAUUGUGAAAGGUAGAAAUGAUAACCAUAUAAAUAAUGUGCUUGCUCCCAAGCUCAUUUAUUUUAUUUAUUAUUAUAAAAAAUAUAAUAGCCAACAUAACACUUGCACAUAUACAAUAAUUUUUGUAGCAUGCAAGUAAAAGUGUUGUCAUUAUUGACAUCAGCACAUUCUCAGCUUAUCAAGCGCAAUAUCGCUUUAGUGAAAUGCAACCAUAGCCUAACCACAAGGUCUACACUUCAGCAUAAUGGUAGCCUCUUUUAAAUGUCAAAUAUAACUGAACAACAAACUUUAAUAGGUCUUUCCCUUUACUAAAAACACAUCAAACAGCACUUGAUUUCAACGUUUACUCUCCUGAUCUCUCCUCUCCUUUACUCUCCUGUGUUGUGUCUGGUGUGGGUAAAUUGCUUGUCAGUAGAACCUCAUCAUCACAUCUUGUUAGGACUCGGUGUAAAGGUUUAGAUGUAAAUACAUUUUAAUAUAGCUAGUCAGAAGGGAGCUUUAAUGAUUUUUUUGAUUUCUUUUUUACCUUUGUACAACAUGUAACCUCGUUCUUGGGAAGUGAGAGCAAAGCUGUGGCUUUAGUUUAGAUGUGGGAGGAGUCAACGUAGUCUCUGUUCUUCAAACCGCCAUAGCACAUUUAUUUUGUUACUAAUGAAAGAAGAUUCUGCAUUUUCCAGACAACACAAAUUGAUGAUGGAGCUAGGAUUAUCUAACAGUACUGCCGUGGGUUCAGAGAAGAUCGCUCCUGCUGUAGUUCUGGGUUUGUGCUGUUUGGUUGGUUUGCCAAGCAACAUUGUGAUAAUCAUCAUCAUUGUUCGUGAGUGGAACAGAAAUCCGAGCUUCACCUUAAAACUAGUGCUAAACCUUGCGGUCUCUGAUGCUAUGACCCUUUGCUUGGCUCUUUUUGUGCUGUAUGGAAUACUGUUUGGAUGGAAACUCGGCCUUUGGUUCUGUAAGUUCCUGUUUUUUUUGGGUCACUGGAGUCUGUAUGUUGGUGUCCUGACGGUCACCUCCAUGAGCAUCCACCGCUAUCACAAUGUCAUCAAGUCAAGAGUCACUAACAGAAUGAUACUGCACAGACUGGAAAGACGGCACAGGCGCCUUCAGUUGAUUGGCAUCUGGAUUCUAGCCUUUGCUUUUUCCCUACCAGUAUUUUUUACUCAAGGACUCAAAGACAAGGAUGGACUGCAAAGAUGUCAGAGGAAAAUGGAGUCACAGUCUGUAGAAGUGACUGUUUUGCUUUUUGAGAUCCUGUUGGGGUUCAUCAUUCCAUUUUUGACAAUGUUGACAUGUUAUCUAUGGUUGGACAAAGGGUUGAGACAAAAAGCCAAGAGCUCCAGUCUAACUAUAGCUCCACAGGACCAGGAACCCAGAAACCAGGGGACAGACUUUAGGACUUACAAGAAAAGACUUGUGAUCAGCAUCGUUGUGUCUUUCUUUCUGUUUUGGACUCCUGUGCACAUUAUCAAUGUGAUUGAUAUAGUCACUUCUCUGACUAAAACAUCUCAUCCAGAUGUUCAUUCUCAACUGAAUUCCUUUCGCCUAGUAUGUGGUGAUGCAAGCAAGACUCUGGCUUUGCUAAACUGCUGUCUGAAUCCUUUUCUCUAUGUUUUCUUUUCAAGAAAUUUCAUAAAGUGUACUAAGUAGAAACCAUAUUUGUUCCACAGUUACAUAUUCAAAUAAUUGUCUGCUAAUUUGGGAUAAGUUUGUUUUAAAAAUGUGUUUGUUGUAAAAAGCUGCAUUAAUGCAAUUCUGAAAUCUGUGAUCUGCCAAAGGAUCAUC